GCGGCGGCGGCGGUUGGCGGGCGGGCGGCGGCGGAAGCGGAAGCGGCGCGGGGCGCAGGCGCGGAGGCAGCCGGGGCCGAGGAGGGAGGGAGGGAGGCGCCCGCCCGAGAGCGCCAUGGAGUCGCGGGGGGAGUCGCAGCCGCCGAACAGAAUGAGCCAGGGAGACUCAAACCCAGCAGCAAUCCCACAUGCUGCUGAGGAUAUCCAGGGGGAUGACAGAUGGAUGUCACAGCACAACAGAUUUGUUUUGGACUGUAAAGACAAGGAACCCGAUGUGCUCUUUGUGGGUGACUCCAUGGUGCAGUUGCUACAGCAGUAUGAGAUAUGGCGAGAACUCUUCUCACCGCUUCACGCACUGAAUUUUGGGAUUGGUGGAGACACAACAGGACAUGUUCUGUGGAGACUGAAGAAUGGCGAACUGGAGAACAUUAAACCGAAGGUCAUUGUUGUUUGGGUUGGAACAAAUAAUCAUGAAAACACAGCAGAAGAAGUAGCAGGUGGAAUUGAGGCCAUCGUGCGUCUGAUAAAUACCCAGCAGCCACAGGCCAAAGUUAUCGUACUGGGCCUGCUACCUCGCGGAGAGAAGCCAAACCCUCUGCGGCAGAAGAAUGCCAAGGUGAACCAGCUGCUAAAAACCUCACUCCCCAAACUGGCCAACGUCCAGCUUCUGGAUGUAGACGUCGGCUUCGUGCACUCGGACGGCACCAUCUCGUACCACGACAUGUUUGAUUUCCUGCACCUGACAGGAGGGGGCUACGCAAAGAUCUGCAAACCCCUCCAUGAACUGAUCAUGCAGCUACUGGAGGAGACCCCUGAGGAGAAACGAGCUGCUCUGGCCUGAUUAGCUGAAAUCAGUGUUAACAUCAUCCAGCCCAUCAGAUCAGUUCUGUCACUGGCACUACAGAAUCCUUCUUUCUUAAAGCACUUUCCAUUGUAGAAUGUUACCGGAUGUUCGUACCUAGUGUUUUGAGGGGGAAGGCUCACGUUUAACUGGUCUUGUACGUACAAGGGCCGGCUUGGUUGGUUUUAUUGCAGGAGGAAGUUAGCUGAAGAAGAGUUUUACUUUUAAACCAUUCCUCAUUUAAAAUGAGAACAGGACUGUCACUUUGUGCCCCUCUCUGUAUUGUUGCUCUGUGGUUGCUCUAGAACCCUUUUAGCCUGUCUCUGGCAGCCCGUAGGCAGCUCCUGGCUCCCCCUUCUCGGCUGCGGGGAUCGCGCUCGGUGUGUUAGCCGGUGAACAAGAAUCACAUUCCACUUGCAGAAAGUCAGAGCAGCUGCAUUUUUCUGAACUCGGUCCCACCUUUUUUGCUAGGAGUGUUUAAGUGACGCUCGUUGCUUUCUUGCUCCUCGUUUCUGAAGCAGCGUGAAACUGGAAUUCAGAAAUAGAACGAAACAGACCAUUAACUGGGCUUGUGUAAUGCUCCCAGGUGCUUGUUCACGUGCUUAUUUCACCAUGCCUGCUAGCUGGGGCCCUCUUCAUUCCACGUUGCUGUCUGUGUGGGCAGUCCCGUGCAGGUGCCGCUGACUGUCCUGUUCUCUGCUCCUGUCUGUGUGCAGUAUUGCUGGCUUUUAACAGUUGUUCAGUUUAGGAUUUUAAUUACCCGGUAAACAUCACACAAGGCAGUCGCUUCCUCGCUACUGUAAAACUGACAUUUCAUUCCUUUGAGAUGCCUGUGCCACAGGGCUCUUUGCAGUGCUGUUUGUCGUUCAUUUUUUAAGUAUGACUGUUACAUCCUUUUUUUCUAAAGAAAAUCCGUACGCGUAGCCCCUUUUUGCAAGGCCUAAAUCAGUCUGAAGCUUUACAGAUUCAAAGGUGUAUAUUUCUUUAUUGCUUUUGUUUUACUUGUAUAAACAUUUUAUUCAAGCAACUACAGCCUCUUACGGUAAGAAGUGAAGUCAAGGUGUAGUCUUCUCCUGCCCUGGACACUGCCCCUCUCCGGUAGCCAAGGGAGCCAGUGUGGCGAGUGCCCUCCUACAGGGACUGCAGGUAGAUUUUUUUUUUUUUUUUUUUUUUUAAAUGAGGGCUGAUUAUAGUCUACUAAUGAUAAUAUAAAAACAGCCUUUCAUUUAAAACUGAAAGGUUAUCUUUUUGAAGAAGAAACUGUUUUGGACCCUAAUUGCAGAGCCCUAGAGGAGUAUACUUGCAGAUAACAUAGUUUUAAACGAACUCUGUUCUUCCUUGACUUACCUGCCAGAGCGGGAGCUUGGCAGCGCUGCGCAAACACUGCAGUGUUUCGCACUGCAGGUAGCUGAUCAAGAGCUGCCAGUGCCGAUCUCUGCGCUGCUUUCAGGCUACGCGGACUCUGCGGUCACGCGUGCUCGUCUCGGCAGGUAAAUUGGAGAGGAACCGAUACGUUUUUAGCAGGCACUCCAUACCACCUUCUUCAUGAGGGCUGUUUAGCUGUCCAGGUUGCUUGCUGUGCCCUACUGCAAUGAAAGUACAUAGGUACUGUAUAUAGUCUGUUUGCCCUUUUUUAUAAUAAAGGGUUCUGGUGUUUAAUGCCGUCUAUAAUCUAGCAUUAAGGAAUACUUUUACGUCCCCACUACAUUCCCCUUUUCCUGUAGAUUUGAUCAUAGCAGGAUUUCUGCCUGGAUUGCAUGCAUAGUGUGUGUUUUGUUGCCAGUAUAUGUGAUCUACACACAGAUGAAGGAAGGAUGAAGCGUUCCACUUCCCAGAAACAAAAGUGUGAGGUGUCGGAGCGCUUGUAGGAGAGAGGAGGGGUUAUGGUCCUACAUCCACAAACCAGACUAGGGAUGCUCUGUGCCCCCAGGCUCUCCAGCCUGUGUGCUCUGUAGCUCCGCUGCCUUGCCGAAUGGGCUUUAAGGGAGUGUUGUUCGGGCUUCUGACGGGAAAAGAGGCACCCUGGGGAAGCCGGGGCAAGAAAGAGUGUAGAAAUAAAAAGAGGCUGGAGUCGAGCAUUCUGGGGGAAAGGACUUAUCCCUGCUUAGGGAGAAGGGAUACAACAGAUUCUGCUCCCUGCGAGCUUUUCAGGUUUCUAGGCUGUUGUGAAAAGGCAGUGUGCUAGUUCGCCCUCUACAUCCCUGCUUCUCUCCAUGCUGUCACCCCAUUUGGUCAAAGAGAUGCUAACCAGGAAUGUAUUCUUCAAUAAAAAGCUCUAACUUCGUAACGAAACGCCUGUGCACCUGAGGCUGCGUUCAGCUGUGAGUCAGUACCUCUUGGCAGGGCGCUGGGUGGAACGAGAGAGGUUCGGCAGGUUUGUGAGUCUUCUGCAAUGUGACUGAGGACAGCUCUGCUGGGUCUGCCUGCUUAAGCUUGGCUUGCUAGGAUGCCGCGCUCUGUGCUUGGUUCAGUGCUCGUGGCCCUCCUCUCUGCUGCCUUAACCAUCUCUGAGACGUGCUGGUGCUGCGUGAGGAGAGGACCUCUUUCUCUCCUCCGGGGCUUUAGCUCUGCUUGUUGCUGCCUAGUAGGAGACUGUCCCACUCAAAAGGAGCGUUUCUGUGAGCGGGCAGAGGGGCCUUCCCCCCUCUCUGCACUAGUGCUAGAGAGAGGAGUGCCCAUCCCAGGGAGUGUGGAGAAGCUUUAGUCGCGGCUGUGGGCGCCCGAUGUCUGCUGGGCUGGGCUGCCCCUGCCCGGGCAGCGUGGGCUAUUCCAUGGUUAGCGGUUGGCUGUGGGAGAACUGACGGACCCUUGGGGGCUUUUUCCUUGCGUAACCGAUCCGGUUGCAUUUUGCAGUUCUGUGCUGAAGCCUGGAACCGUGUCUGUGCUGUGGCCUGUGAGCACUGCCAGUUUCAUAUUUAUUGCAGCAAAGAAGAAGCAAAAGCAAAGAUGUGAAAGGACGGAGAGUCCUUCUCUUGUAGCUGGGGGCGGGGGGACUCCAGGCACAGGACGGGGACCUCCGGGGAGGCAAGCUUGCAGCGCGUGAAAUUAGAUUGCAACCUCGCUCCGCAGUGACCUGCCUAGCUGCUUGGAGGCACUGCCCUGUUACUAGUCACCGACUUGAACCUUCUCCAGAAAAAAAUGUGUUUCUGCUUUGGCAAAAAAUGCAUCAACUGGUAGAGCUCACUCUGUUUAGUGCAUAUUUCAAUAUAAAUGUAAAUGUUUCACCCCA